UAGAGAGAGAAAGGGGGUAGGGGCAAUCAAAGUUUUAGCAAGAAGGAGAGGCUACCAUUUCUCACAUAUCUAUCCUCAAAACCCAACCAAAACCCUUAUCCUAUCCCUAAUCCUCCAUCUAUUUCACUCCUACCUCACUCUUUUUCCUCUUCUUUCUCCUCUCAUUCUCUUUUUUCAUUACCUUUUUUUUCACUUUAAUUUAUUUAAUUCUUGAUUUCAUCGAAAUGGGUUUUUGAAACUCUUUCUUUUUCUUCUAUUUUUAAUAUAUACAAACAUAUAAAACUUUCAUAUUUUUGAGCUUUUUUAAGUUCACAAAAUGGCUCCAAGAUCAGGCAGAGGCAAGUCCAAUAAAGCCAAGUCUGAUAAGAAAAGGAAAGAAGAUAGAGUUGUGGUGCCUAGUCUUGUUGAUAUCACUGUCAUUACCCCAUAUGAUACUCAUGUUGUCCUCAAGGGUAUCUCUACUGACAAGAUACUGGAUGUGAAGAAAUUAUUGGCUGUCAAUGUACAAACUUGUCAUCUUACCAACUGUUCUUUUUCUCAUGAGGUUAAGGGUCAGAGAUUGAAUGAUAAAGUGGAGAUUGUUACCUUAAAGCCUUGUGUGCUUAAAAUGGUUGAAGAGGACUACACAGAGGAAGCACAAGCUGUAGCUCACGUUAGGAGGUUCCUAGACAUCGUAGCUUGCACCACAAGAUUCUCCAAGCCGAAGCGACCACCGCCAUCACCGUCCACGCCGCCGUCAACAGAAUCCAAGCUAAGAAAAUCUAACACUACACUCACCACUGGACCUAGUGCACCAUCCGAUGCCAAUGGAACCCUCGCAUCGACAACAUUGGCUGCGCCGGAGAAUAUGGACAUGGCGGCGAUUCAUCCGACGCCGAAACUGUCAGAUUUUUAUGAAUUCUUCUCAUUCUCUCACCUCUCUCCUCCAAUCCUCAAUUUGAAGAGGUGUAACAGUAAGGAUUCAGAACAGAGGCGCGACGGCGAUUAUUUUGAAAUUCAGAUUAAAAUCUGUAAUGGGAAGCUUAUACAUGUUGUGGCAUCAGCAAAGGGGUUCUAUACUUUGGGAAAGAAGUUUUCUCAAAGCCACUCCCUUGUGGAUCUCUUACAAAAUCUCAGCCGAGCUUUUGCUAAUGCGUAUGAUUCCCUUAUGAAAGCUUUUAUAGAGCAUAAUAAGUUUGGAAAUCUUCCUUAUGGAUUUCGUGCAAAUACAUGGCUAGUUCCCCCACUUGUUGCAGAGUCACCAUCAAACUUCCCACCGCAACCUACAGAAGAUGAAAGUUGGGGUGGCAAUGGUGGAGGGCAGGGUAGAAAUGGUGAAUAUGAUCUUCGACCAUGGGCUACGGAUUUUGCAAUAUUGGCUGGCCUACCAUGCAAGACUGAGGAGGAAAGAGUGAUACGAGACAGGAAGGCCUUUUUGCUUCACAGCCAAUUUGUUGAUGUUGCAAUUUUCAAAGCUGUUGGAGUAAUAAGCCAACUCCUCAAUCACAGCUCGCAUGCAAGAGAAGUAAAUUUUCACUCGGGUUCAACUUCUUUUGAAGAGCGUGUUGGAGACUUGUCCAUUGUUGUAAAACGUGAUGCGGCAGAUGCAAGCAUGAACUCUAGUGAAAAAGUUGAUGGCAAUCAAUUUUCCGGUACCUCUGCUAGGGAAGUUGCUCAAAGGAACUUGCUUAAAGGGGUUACUGCAGAUGAAAGUGUAGUUGUUCAUGAUACUUCUUCACUGGGUAUGGUCAUUGUGAGACACUGUGGAUACACUGCCACAGUAAGAGUUGUCGGUGAAGUAAAGAAGAGAAACGGCAAGGCUCAAGAUAUUGAAAUACCUGAUCAACCAGAUGGAGGGUCUAAUUCUCUUAACAUUAACAGCUUAAGGGUUCUGCUGCAUAAUUCUUGCUUUCUGGAAACAUCUGGAGGUCAGCCAUCUCACUCCAUCUUUGAUGAUAUAGAAGCACCUAGAUCUCUUGUUCGGCAAAUAGUUAAAGAAAGUUUGACCAAACUGGACACGACACCAAUUGCAUCUGAAAGACCCAUUAGAUGGGAACUGGGUUCAUGUUGGUUGCAACAUCUGCAAAAGCAGGAAAGUCUAACCGAUACUGAUUCUAAACACUCUGAGGUGCAGCAGAUUAAGACUGAACACGCUGUGAAAGGUCUAGGAAAGGAAUUUAAAUUUUUGAAGAAGAGGGGAAAAAUAACUGGUGAAGAUAGUAGCCUUGAGAAGGAAGAAAAUGACACUGGCCCUUGCAGACUGAAUGUAGGAACUGAUGUGGGACAACAUAGCAAUGGGGAGCCCAAUUGUGAGAAUGAACUGAAGGAAAUGAUAUCUGAAGAAGCAUUCUUGCAUUUGAAAGAAACGGGAACUGGCCUUCAUUUAAAGUCAGGAGAUGAGCUUAUCGAAAUGGCAUACAAAUACUAUGAUGAAAUUGCUUUGCCAAAGCUGGUAACGGACUUUGGCUCGCUUGAACUUUCCCCUGUGGAUGGCCGUACACUGACUGACUUCAUGCAUUUAAGGGGACUGCAGAUUCGCUCUUUGGGUAAAGUGGUUGAACUGGCAGAAAAACUUCCUCACAUACAAUCACUUUGCAUCCAUGAGAUGAUUACUAGAGCUUUCAAGCACAUAGUCAAAGCAGUUAUUGCAUCUGUGGACAAUGUAGCAGACAUAUCGGCAGCCAUAGCUUCUUCUCUGAACUUCUUACUUGGAACAUAUGGCAUGGAGGAUGAUGACCGAAAUAUGAAGGAUGAUCAUAUUCUAAAAUCGCAUUGGUUGCAAGCAUUUCUUUCCAGAAGAUAUAAUUGGACAUUAAAAGACGAGUUUCUGCAAUUGAGAAAGUUUUCAAUCCUUAGAGGACUUUGUCAUAAGGUUGGACUGGAGUUGGUUUCAAGAGAUUAUGAUAUGGAAUGCCCAAAUCCAUUUAGAAAGUCUGACAUUAUCAGCAUUUUUCCUGUGUGUAAGCAUGUUGGAUGCUCUUCAGCAGAUGGACGGACUUUACUAGAGUCAUCCAAGAUUGCUCUUGAUAAAGGAAAGCUAGAGGAUGCUGUUAAUUAUGGAACAAAGGCGCUAGCAAAGAUGAUAGCUGUAUGCGGUCCCUAUCAUCGAACGACUGCAAGUGCUUACAGCCUUCUUGCUGUAGUUCUUUACCACACUGGAGAUUUUAAUCAGGCAACUAUCUAUCAACAAAAGGCUCUAGAUAUUAAUGAGAGGGAACUUGGGCUUGACCAUCCGGAUACAAUGAAAAGCUAUGGAGAUCUUUCAGUGUUUUAUUAUCGUCUUCAACACAUUGAGUUGGCUUUGAGAUAUGUAAACCGUGCUCUAUUCCUCCUUCAUUUCACCUGUGGACUGUUUCAUCCUAAUACGGCUGCAACAUACAUCAACGUGGCUAUGAUGGAAGAGGGUAUGGGAAAUGUUCACAUUGCUCUCAGAUAUCUGCAUGAAGCUCUGAAAUGCAACCAGAGAUUAUUAGGAGUUGAUCACAUACAGACAGCUGCAAGUUAUCACGCAAUAGCUAUUGCUCUGUCACUGAUGGAAGCGUAUUCCCUUAGUGUUCAACAUGAGCAAACUACUCUCAAAAUACUCCAAGUGAAGCUUGGACCAGAAGAUCUUCGUACGCAGGAUGCUGCUGCUUGGCUUGAAUAUUUUGAAUCAAAAGCCCUGGAGCAGCAAGAAGCAGCGAGAAAUGGAACUCCAAAGCCAGAUGCAUCCAUAGCAAGCAAAGGCCACCUUAGUGUGUCCGAUCUAUUGGAUUACAUUAAUCCUGAUCAAGAUUCAAGAGGAAGUGAUGCACAAAGGAAACAGCGGCGUGCGAAGGUGCUGCAAAAUAGUGAAAAAGGGCAUCAGGAUGAAAUAGUGGAAGAUACCACGGUCCUCAAUGGGUCAGAAAAUGCAAUGUCUUUGGCCGGAGGCAAUGCUGAAGAAGCAAAGUUAGAUACAGUUCAACUUGAAGAAUCAGAGAAAAAGGUCUUGGAUGUAGUUCAACUUGAAGAAUCAGAGAAAAAAGUUAAUGUUCCUGCAUACAGUGCUAAAGUUACUAGUGAAGUAGUUGAAGAAUCAACAACAGAAGAAGGAUGGCAAGAAGCAAAUCCAAGAGGGCGAUUGGGGAACACUGGCGGCAGGAAAUCUGGUCGUAGGCGACCAGCUCUUGAGAAGUUAAAUGUAAAUCGAUCUGAGUACUCAAAUUCCAGAGAAAGCAACUAUAGAAGGGAAAUCAUUUCAUCAGCAAAAAAAGCAAUUCCCAGAACCUCUACUACCCAGUUGAUACCAUCAAAGCAACCGAAAACACAUGGUCCAAGCGUCGGGGAGGAUUCAAAUAAGUUACAGCAGAAAGCUUGUGUGCCUAAACCGUCAUCUUCUCCAGCAAAUCUCACUGCUAUGGCUUCUAAAUCAAUAUCUUAUAAAGAAGUAGCUGUGGCGCCACCAGGUACCAUUUUGAAACCAUUAUUGGACAUGGUAGAUGAGUCAAACCAGAAAAAACCCGAAGCCCAGACAUGCAGCAUCCAGCAUGAGAUGGUGAAUGAAGAGGAAACCAAAAUAAUUUCAGUUAUUGAUAACAUACAGGAUGAUGCCGACACAGAUGGAAAUUAUGAUGGUGGGACGCAAUCAGAGAAUUCAAGCUCUGAAAUUGAUGAGACUUCUAGUUCUUCUCAUCAGGAAAACUUCAGUGAAAAAAAUGGCAGCAAGCUCUCUGCUUCAGCUGAACCAUUCAAUCCAGGAGCACUAUCCUUGGUUCGCCCAGUAAAUUCAGCUGCCAUGAGCAUUUAUGAUGUUAGAGCUAGUCAAGGUAUGCUUUCAGAGACAGUGGCACCUCCGCUUGCCGCUAGAGUUCCUUGUGGACCAAGAUCUCCACUGUAUUAUAGAACAACAAGAUCAUACCGCAUGAAACAAGGUUUGCUCAAGUACACAACUCCCAUGACAAUGCCUCCUAGAAGCAUGAAUCCACACGCACCAGAAUUUGUACCUCGGAAAGCUUGGCAAGCAAAUUUUGGAAGUAGAGGUACAGAUAUUUCUUAUGAAUCAAACGAUUCGUCGGAAGCAAGCAAGUCAGAAGAGGAGAAAUUGGAUAAGGAAAAUAACCACGAAGUCAAAGUCAGUAGCUCGAGAAAGACGAGCUCCGAGUCGGAGAAGGCAGAACUUGCUAGGCAGAUACUUCUGAGCUUCAUUGUGAACUCAGUUAAGAAUAAUGUUGAUGCUGGAAGUGAGCCUGUACCCAAUGAGAAGAAGCGUGUCAGUUCCGGAAGUUCUUCAGAUGCAAUUGCAAAUGACAGUGCGAUUAUUAAAAUCCUCUAUGGGAAUGAAGGAAAAACAAACCCUGCUACUCAGGUUGAUGGUGAUGAAGAAUCAAAAACAUUAGAUGUAAAUAGCAAGAAUAACGGUGAUGGUGAAGGAUUUACUGUUGUGACAAGGCGGAGAAGAAACAAGCAGUUCUCGAAUGGGGUAAGUAAGCUGUACAAUCAACAGUCAAUAUGUGCUUCAGUUAGCUAAGAACAGAGAAUAUCAGAGACCGAAAACAGAAUCAUCGGAAAGGAGCAGUCAUUAUUACGCAGUUAUUUUGCAAGUCUGACGAAAGCUCUUCAUGUCACCUUGUAAGUUUAACAGAACAGAAAUGAUGGGAAGAUGUGUAGUUCUGAUCAUAAUCUGUAAUUAUUUUAUUCGUUUAAGGUGCAACUUGCUACAAUCUAAUAAUCGCUGUAAAAAUCUCAAUUUUCUCUUGUUUAGAGAUUUUGUUUGAUUAAUAAAAAGCUAAUUGGCAAUUUCCAAAA